GAUUUACCCCCACAUUUUUCCUCCCUUACAUUUAAUCCAGCUUGACAUCAUGGCACCCAUUACAGCCGGCUCUCGUGGGAUCAAUUUACCUUACUCCUCUCUAUUCAAUGUUACCUUGCGUGAUGAAUCGACGCGUGCAGUGAAGUCACGGCCGCCCGAUUACUUUUGGAAAAAAGCUACUGGUUCAACAACUUCUAAUGCAAUAUUACCGAGUGACGCCAAUCUGGAGGAAGAUAACGAGUGGUUUGAUUUUCGCGUACCAGCUCUUAGUGAUAGCGAUAGCGAUAGCCAGGACGUAACAACCAGGAAGCAACAAAGCACGCCCAUCAGAUCAAAUAGUAUUCUGCGCUUCACAAAGCUACGGCGAAUUGCCUUUAAGGCCUUCACGACGAAAUCACAUGAUACCAAUCGACCAAAGAAUACUGUGACAAGCACAGAAGUCAUUUUUCAACAAGGAAAGGCCGAAGAUUCCGGCCUAGGUAGCUCAAAUAACCCGAAGAGUAGAAAACGGAUCUCAAUAUUCAAAUCCCUUAGAUUCAAGUAUGGCGGUUCAACGAAACCGCGAGCGAAGAAGAUGGUUGCUGUUUUACAAAGUCGUAUCAGUGCUGACAGUCCUCUCGAGGAGCAGCCAAAAACGUGGGAUGAAUACUCUCGUCUCUAUGCUAGUGAGAGAAUCAAUAUCAUGAACCCACCCGUACCACCAUUUGAGGGAGACAUUGGGAAAAGUACCCCUUCCGUGUUUCAAGCCAGAUAUUUUGCGGCCCCGAUCCCGGCGAACGAACCAGUCCGACAACUAGUCAUGAAUCGUCUUGGUGUUUUUGGAGGGAAGCCGUACGAUGAAACGGAUGUUGGUGUAGCCAAAUGGAAGGAACGUGUUGAAUUCGGCAGUACAUUGAUGGAACAGGGAAAAGCUCCAUCAACUCUCGCAUCAUCUUGGCAGAAUCCUUAUUACUCUUUCAGAAAUAACCUUGGUAUGAACGUCACCAAUCAAGGACCCACGGGCGUUCAGGGUGGUCACAUACCUUCUGAGACGUUGGAACAACACCCUGUCCUUCGAAAGAUUGUUAACCAGUGCCGAGAGCUUUUUAGCGUCGCAUAUAGCUUAUUAUCUGUUGUAGAUGACGAUCGCUUCAUAUUUUUGGCUGAAUCUGGUUUGACUGAUGCUGGCUUUGGGGGAAUUCGGGACGUACCCCGAGAGAUAACGUUUUGUGGACACACUGUUCUCGGUGAUCGACAAGGUUGCACAAUUCUCGACGCUCGCAAGGAUUGGAGAUUUGAGAACAACCCAUCAGUGCAAAGUUUUGGACCACUUUUCUAUGCUGGGGUCCCUCUAAUGGCACCUAAUUUGGAUGGAAGUCAAGAAGCCGAAGAAAAUUCAUGUCCGAUAGGCUCUUUGUGCGUUGUGGAUUACGAACCUCGAGAGUCAUUUAGCGUUGAAGACCGCAGAAGGCUUCUAAACAUGGCGGAGUACGCGCGACGAGAAAUAGAAAAAUGGUUCGCAUGCAAGAUGAAGCAUAAAAGGAAUCAUCUGACCGCCAGUGAAGAAAUUUGGAAUCACGAAGUGAAAAGCGUUGUUGGCCCCACAAGCGACAGGCACGACUCACUUACGCCCUCCGACACUUUGACAGCCCGCAAGAGCAUUGCCUCAUCGUCCAAUCAAUCCAGUUUCAGAAGGUUGAGGGGAAUUAACUCCAUCUGUGAUCGUACCACUUCGCCAUCCUUGCACGCAAGCACGUCGUCCAAAGCCCCGGCUAAAAUCUCCGCGGGUCUUUUCGAAGACGUCGACGCGGUCUUGAAUCUAGAGGUGCGAAAGGUCAUGGACCUUGCGACCAAAUUAAUCGGAGAGACCUUGGAUCUUUCCCUGGUGUAUCUGACCGCUGUGCUACCUCCUCAAACACCAGAUGAGUCCGGUCGAACGCUGAUUAUUUCCGGUCACAAUAUUCCCAUACCAGUUCCAGUUUUCGACGCGAAUUUGCAUCUACGUGCAUUAAGAGAACCCGGAGGGGGUUUGCUUUACCAAAACCCGAGCAAUGCUGAAAAGUCUGCACUGCAGCCUAAAGGUUCUGGAGCGGUGGUCAAUAAUCUUCGACACAAUCCCUACGCGUCCGCGAUGAUAUUCGCGGUUGGCGCCGAAUCUUAUACUAACUCUGGUGGUUUCGUUUUGGCCGGGUAUACCGAUGAUCCUAAAAGAGUCUUUGGUGAAGAAGAUGUUUCUUUCAUGAAAAAAUUUGCCCAUGAGUUAUCUUCCCAUACCUCCAAAUUACUACUGUCAAAUUCGACAAAACACGGAAGAUUUUUCGGUCAUUGA